AUGAUCGAAAGAAAUACAAUCAGUUGUAAGAUUCGUCCAGAAAUUAGAGGAACUUCCAAAAACCAAAUAUUUAUUAGAAAAAAGUAUCCAAAGAAACUUUAUCAAUCGAUUCUCACAGGAAUUCCUUUUAUAGCGAUGGCAUUGGUAGGGGCUAUAUCAAUUAGAUUACAUUAUAAACAUAAAGCAAGAAUUGACAAGACAAUAGGAGAUGCAAAUGCAAAAUAUAGUUAUCGUGGUAUUUCUUUUGAAUACCUUAUAAAUCCAGUUAAAGGAAGUGGUGGUUUCUAUGAAUCAAUUCAACAACAUCAACAACAACAAAAUCAACAACAACAACAACAACAUGUAAUAGAAAUGGAACAACAAGAUUACUAUCCACAAAAUGAUGGAAUUCUCUUAUCAAAUAUUAAACCAUCAGGUUAUCAACCAUUGGUUUAA